AUGGCCUGUCCCAUCGUAGUGGUUGAGGGAAGGUCGAAUACUGCUGCAGCUACCUUCCUUGUUUUUGCUCCUUCGCUAACAAACUCAUUUGGACUUUCCACGUUCGUCGCAGGAUCUAUCUAUAUCUUCUUUUCUUGCAGUCUUGCAGUCUUGCUUUUCUUCUCCAUCAUCAUCAUCAUCAUCAUCCACUUGCUUCAACAAUCAACUUCCAUCAAACGAUCAACAAAGACAUCGCUUUGCUAUAGCUUUGCAACAUGCCUCCAAUCACAAGUCACAAUCUACCCACCGCUACAAUGCCUCCGACUUCUGCAGCUGCCCCCGCCAACUUCAGCUCUGGGGAGUCUAGGUCUUGCCUUACAAACCCUAUGCUUUGGAACUGGAACACUAUUGGUGUCUGCUUUAUUUCCGAGGCGUGAUAUAGAUUCCGGGGCCUUGUUUGCCACCACCUGCCUCGCCGCCUUUGGUCUGGCCUUAUUUCUUCAAUUCGCACGUCGUGCCUCUAGAGAAUGGGAGCGUCACCUAUUCGCCAGAAACGUCGGCAAUCCUCGAGCAUUCUUUGAUCCCAUUACUGGAAUUGAACUUGCCCCCCUUCAACCCGCUGCCGCUCAACCCGCUGCCGCUCAACCUGCUGAUGCUCAACCUGCUGAUGCUCAAUCUGCUGAUGCUCAAUCUGCUGGUGGUCAACCUGCUGAUGCUGCUCAACCUGCUCAACCUGCUCAACCUGCUCAACCUGCUCAACCUGCUCCCGCUAAUGGCCCCGGCAAUGGUCAAGAUGCCGCCAACCGCCUUCCCCCUUUUUGUCCCAGCUUCGUGGAACAUAUUAUCGAGGCUUCACUGCGCACGCUUCAGGUUGUCGUGACCUAUGUCCUCAUACUAAUGGCUGUUUCCUUCAAUGGUUACAUCAUCAUUUGUAUCUUCAGCGGUCAUUUCUUUGGUACUGUAUUGUUCUGGCGAGAACCGGUGGCCAAAGCCAACAAACCAAAUGUUUAUCAGCGUCUUUUCCAGCGGCCUAUCGUUUUUGGUAAUGUUUAG